ACUCCCCACCAAGUCAAAACAGAAACCUCCAGGCAAGUCCUCGACCGCAUCGCCGCCCGCCCGCCCGCCCCCAUGGCCACCUCCGCCGCCCUCGCCACGCUCUCCGCCACGGCCGCCGCCGCCGGCAAGCGCCUCCUCCUCCCGCGCCCCUCGUCCGCCUCCUCCUCCCUCUCCUUCGCCUCCCGCCGCCUGGGCGCCGCGGGCCCCCUCCGGGCCCGCGGGCUCCCGGGGUCGCCAGUCCGGGCCGCGGCGUCGUCCGCGUCGGCGCCCCCCGCCGCGGCGGCGGCCAAGACCAUCGCGGUCGGGGACCGGCUCCCCGAUGCGACGCUCUCCUACUUCGACUCCCCUGACGGCGAGCUGAAGACGGUGACGGUGCGCGACCUGACGGCGGGGAAGAAGGUGGUGCUCUUCGCGGUGCCUGGCGCGUUCACGCCCACCUGCACCCAGAAGCAUCUCCCGGGGUUCGUCGCCAAGGCCGGGGAGCUCCGCGCCAAGGGGGUGGACACCGUGGCCUGCGUCUCCGUCAACGAUGCCUUCGUGAUGCGCGCCUGGAAGGAGAGCCUCGGGGUCGGGGACGAGGUGCUGCUCCUGUCCGACGGGAACGGGGAGCUGGCCCGCGCCAUGGGCGUCGAGCUCGACCUCUCCGACAAGCCCGUGGGGCUCGGCGUGCGGUCCCGGCGGUACGCGCUGCUGGCCGAGGACGGCGUCGUCAAGGUGCUCAACCUCGAGGAGGGCGGUGCGUUCACCAACAGCAGCGCCGAGGACAUGCUCAAGGCGCUCUGAAUUGGGACCCCUCCUCGCUCGCCAUGGUUUGUGUCCCUUACCUGAAAAAAAAAUAGCUUUCGUUUCUGAAUAAUCGUUGCGGCAACGGUGGCUUGUGUUGGUUGCUACCGCCACUGAGAGUUUGGCGACUGGUGAAUUCUGCACACUUCACCUCAGUGAAAGAGUUGUCAUCUUGAUGCGAAGUUUCUGGUGAACAUGGCAGUAUAGGCAUGAUAGCUCCUUUGUGAUUGUGAACUGCUCUGUUUUGCAUCUUAUGAUGAUAUAUCACUAUAUCAGUUCUGUUUGGGGAAUUA